CGUUUAGUUGCAGUUGUAACGUGUAGCAGCGGCUGUGUUUUGGCCAUGUGUUUUUAGUCUGGUGGUGGAAAGACAUGAAUUUGGAAGUCCCUGGACCAACAGCUUUUGUAGAAACAUCUGCUUGAACAUGGAGUCUUCAUCAUCAACAUCGUGCAGCAGAAAGAAAAGAAAGAACAUCUCCCCCACGGCACAUGAGACGGCCAAGAGAUUAAAAAGUGGGCAGGAGGAUGAUGAAGCAGUGGAGUGUGGACGUACCUCCUGCUCACCGAGGAUCUCUGUGCUGCCUGAAAGCCUCCAGCAAGCAAUUACACUGAAUGAGCUGACAGAGCUGCUGCAUUAUGCCGCUCUGGGGAAAACAGGUGGCAUCAAACAGCCCAGUUGGUGUCGUCUUCACCACCAGAGGAAGGUCAAAGGUGUGAAUGUUGUGCUGGUGGAAGGUCUCACCCAGAGUCACUUCUACAAACACUACCUCAGCCUGCGACACCUCAGGACCAACUACACCACUAGGGUCACCUUCACUCCAUCAUCUAACAACCUUGCGUCUGGAAUCUUCGAGAGUGAACUUCCUAAAUUUGACUGGUCAUCUGUUUCCCAAACAGACAAGGAAAAGAGCGCCUUGCAUAAAGGGCUGAAGAAUCACCCUGUAAUCAUCAAGUUUGGGACAGAGAGGAGAGGACUGACAGCGUAUGUUUUCACCCAGGAGGAGAUGAUCAAGAAGCACUACCCUGUUAAAGGAAUGCCAGGCUUUGAGGAAUUUAUUUGCACAGAUAGUGAUGAUUUUGUCACUGACAGCAGCCCUUUGUACGGACUCGACUGUGAAAUGUGUCUAACAGAAAAGGGAUAUGAGCUGGCCCGGGUUUCUCUGGUGGACAGCGACGGCAAGUGUGUGCUGGACGAUCUGGUGAAACCUGAGAACAAAAUCCUCAACUACCUCACCAAGUUCUCUGGUAUCACUGCAGCGAUGUUGCGGCCAAUCACGACCACCCUCCGGGACGUUCAGGCGAAGCUCAGGAUGCUGUUGCCGCGGGACGCAGUCCUGGUGGGCCACUCCAUCAACAACGACCUCAUGGCUCUGAAACUGAUCCACCAGCAUGUAAUUGACACUUCGCUGCUGUACAGGAGAGAGUUUGGACAGAGGUUUAAGCUCAAGGUCCUGGCUGAGACAGUGCUGAAGAGGCAAAUACAAACUGAAGAGAAGAAGGGUCACAAUCCUAUUGAGGAUGCUCUGGCAGCCCUGGAGCUGGCUCAGUACUUUAUUAAAACAGGACCUCUUCAGGUUGUAGAGCUUCAUCUGGAGGAGCUGUGGGGAUACACAAUAGUAGAGGAGUCCGCUGACUGUACACCUGCUGCACCCACACCAAGUAACAGGUUUGCUGACAUAUUGCAGACACUUGGCAGGUCAGUGGCCUUUUUAGGAAAACGUUCUGACAUCGCCCUGCCUCUGUCCGAUCAGCAGUGGCACAAUUCUGACAAAGAGGUAGUGGCUGCUUUCAGGAGACACACCAAGUGUCCGUUCUUCUCUGUGCUCCAGUUCUCUUCUUUUUCAAAACAACUUCAGAGUUUCUUCCCUCAUCAGGAGCAGCAGUACCAGAGGGUGCAUGCAAACCUUCGAGAUAUGUGUGUAGUGUUUGCGGGGCCGCUCCCCGCUGGUUUCUCUGAGAGAGAUGUGAGGCGGCUGUUUCGUUGCUGUGGAUCGGUUCAGAAAAUCAAAAUGCUGAACACAGCUGUCAGGGUCCAUGCAGAAGUCGAGUUCGAGCAGCUGGAAGGAGCUCUGCUGGCUUUAAAAACUUUGAAUGGACUUAACGUGCAGGGACAGUCCAUCAAGGUGCAGAGGCCUGUUUAUGAGUCGACGCUGGACCUGGAUCUGACUCUUGAUGCUUUGAGGGGUGACGCUCUCAACACCAGUCACCUCUAUGCUGUUAAAUUAAACCCCAGUAUGGCUGAGAACAUGCACAUUUCUGCAAAAGUUAACGGGCACACUAAAUGUUCAGGUGUCACUCAUGUUCAAACAGCGAACAAGACGCCUCCUGCUAAAGUAAACGGUCACUAUUCUGAGACUGAGUCAACUGCAGCAAAGCAGUUUCCUACCACAAAGUCUAAACUGUCUGAGGAGAAACUCAGAGAAACAUUUGGCCAGUUUGGUAAAGUGGAGAGAAUCUUCCUGCCUGCCAAACCUGGAAAACAUGCAAGACAUGCGCGCAUCAAGUUUGAUAGCUCAGAGGGGAAACACGCAGCUCUCAGCUCCUCUGAGGACCUUUGGAAGGAGCACUACCUCAUCUGUCCAUCCCUGACUCCACCUCACUUGCCUUCAUGGGUUGCCAUGACAACUCCUGUGACUUCAGUGGGAGCUAAUGGGGUCGCAGCAGAAGACGAGGAGAGGACCCACAUGCACACCAGCUCUCAGGACCAGGAAAUGGAGCUUAUGAUGAAGAAGUUGGACCGGCGCCUGGGGAAGCUCUUCAGAUCUCUCCCAGAAUGCACCUUGUCUGUGGUUGUGCUGCUUGGACAUACCAGCGCUCAUGGACACUUUCCUGGUUUGUGUCUUAUGGAGGUCAAGCAGGAAUCUUGAGGAGUGUAAAUCUACGCUGACAGUCAACUGAUGCCUGAUCCUGCGUGCCACCUGGACCAAGUGAAAGCAAUAAAGAUCAAAUAAAUAUAAAUGAAGAUACAAAUAAAACAAUUAAGAUAUAAAAUCCAUCAAUGAAGUAUAAAAUAAACACCUCAGACUUCUGUACAUUGAAACACAAUCCGUCUGAUAUACGCAAGUUCAAGUCAAAUGCUGUUAAAAAUAAUUUGUUGUUGCCUGGAAACAAUCAGAGCUGCAGUAAAAACUAACAUUUGCCUUUGGUACAAUAUUUUCUUUUUCUCUGAACUAUAAACCUCCCGCAUGUGUGAUUAUUAUCGGACAAAAUCAUGAAAAGUGCAAUCAUGGAAGCACAAAACUCAGCACGUACUGAAGUGUAGUACUUCCAAGUAUUUCCAGUUUGUCUGUCUUCCAUUAGUUUGUUUUACUGGAAGACAAUCAGACAGCAGUUUCAUGAAGUCACAAUGAACCCAAGACAGACAGGAUAAUAGAUCAUGUUAGCUGAUUGUAUAAUAAUAUUAAUGUAAUUAAGUGAAAUGUCACUUUAAACUUGAGCUGAAGAGUUUUAACUAUGAGCAGGAUUUACCAACCUGAUCUAUGCAUUUUGAUACUGAAACAUUAAAUUGUUUUAAUGUCUUGA